AUGCUUUGGACAGGCUUCGCCAUCUGGUUCAAGAACCGGCGCGCCAAGUGGCGGAAGCGCGAGCGCAACGCCAUGGUGAUGAUGAACGGCGCCGACAUCAAGAGCGGCUUCGGCGGCCAGCUGCAGGGUUUCAUGCAGCCGUUCGGCCAGGAAGCGCUCUACUCGGGCUACCCCGGCUGCAAUUGGGCGGCCAAGGUGCCCUCUCCGCUCGGACACAAGGCGUUCUGGCCCGGCUUUGACACGGGCGUUAACCCGCUGAGCGUGCCGAGCCAGUCCCCGGGCGCCAGCAUCGGCAUGAACUGCUUCAGCUCGCCGGCCGCCGUGAGCACGUCGCCGAUUGGCUCGCCGUCGAUGACGUCAUCGCUGGCCUCGGGCGCCGCGCCGGUCUGA